AUGGAAGACAUAUUUCAGUGGUGUAGGGAAGGAAACGCUUUGCAGGUGCGAGUUUGGUUGGAUGAUACAGAACAUGAUAUGAAUCAAGGUGAUGAUCAUGGCUUCAGUCCUCUGCACUGGGCCUGCAAAGAAGGUCACAUUAAGAUUGUUGAGAUGCUCAUUCGAAGAGGUGCCAGGAUAAAUGUAACCAACAUGGGUGAUGACACUCCAUUGCACUUGGCUGCAGCCCAUGGACACCGUCCUAUUGUGCUCUUGCUGCUCCAAAACCGCGUGGAUGUGAACUUUACAAAUGAGCAUGGCAACUCGCCCCUCCACUACGCCUGUUUCUGGGGCUACAGUGCCAUUGCAGAAGAUUUAGUGCUCGCGGGUGCUUUAGUAUCACUCGCUAAUAAAGAUGGCGACACUCCUCUUGACAAGACUAGGGGACAACUUGUGCAAAGAUUGCACGAACUCGCUAUUCAGCAGGGACAAGAUCUUAAGAAGAUCCAGUUCAAAGACCAGUCCUGGCUAGGUUUGAAAACCAGAAGUCGCGAUGCGACAUUAUCGCGGCACAAGGGUAUCAAUAUCAACGAAUUAGCGCUGCAUACCCGUAUUGCUGUCACUCCUUCAGGUGAAACAUGGCGAGGUCGUUGGCAGAAGAACGAUAUUGUUGCUAAGAUAAUAGCGGUACGUGAGUGUACUCCACGUAUCCAGCGAGACUUCAACGAAGAGUUCCCAAAGCUGCGUAUAUUCUCACAUCCCAAUAUAUUGCCUGUGGUGGGCUGCUGCGUGUCGCCGCCGUCGCUGGUGGUGAUCUCACAAUACAUGUCGUGGGGCUCGCGGCACGCGCUGCUACAUGGCGGCGGGGCGGGCGCGGGUGCGGGCGGGCGCGUGGUGCUGGACGCGGGCGCGGCGCUACGCCUUGCGCGCGAUGUUGCGGCCGGCAUGGCCUACCUGCACUCGCUGCAGCGCGACCGAACGCUGCCGCCCUACCAGCUCAACAGCAGGCACAUCAUGGUGACGUAUCGCUCCACUUGUUCUGUUACUGCAUACUGUAGCAUAGCCUACCUGCACUCGCUGCAGCGUGACCGCACGCUGCCGCCCUACCAGCUCAACAGCAGGCACAUCAUGGUGACGUAUCGCUCCACUGGUUCUGUUGCUGCAUACUGUAGCAUGGCCUACCUGCACUCGCUGCAGCGCGACCGCACGCUGCCGCCCUACCAACUUAACAGCAGGCACAUCAUGGUGACGUACCGCUCCACUGGUUCUGUUGCUGCAUACUGUAUCAUGGCCUACCUGCACUCGCUGCAGCGCGACCGCACGCUGCCGCCCUACCAGCUUAACAGCAGGCACAUCAUGAUUGACGAAGACCUUACGGCUCGCAUCAAUAUGGCAGAUUCAAAAUUCUCGUUCCAAGAGCGAGGUCGUAUUUACGCCCCGGCUUGGAUGUCUCCUGAGGCUUUGAUGAAGCCCGCAUCUAAACGUAAUUGGGAGGCUGCUGAUAUGUGGAGCUUUGCAGUUUUGCUUUGGGAACUUGCUACUAGAGAGAUUCCAUUCGCUGAUUUAUCGCCGAUGGAGUGUGGUAUGAAGAUUGCACUUGAAGGGUUACGUGUCACUAUUCCACCCGGAGUUUCACCCCACAUCUCCAAACUGAUCAAGAUAUGCAUGAACGAAGAUCCAGGCAAACGACCUUCCUUUGAAAUGGUGCUACCUAUUUUGGAAAAGAUGAAGCGCUGA